AUGGAUGUCACAGCGUUGAAAUUCGACCAGUGCAAUUCUCAUCUGGGAUGCACCGGUCUGCUGAACUGUUGCCCAACGCCACUCGGCUAUCGAUGCAUUCCGCCUAGAAUCUCCUGCACCGUGAAGCCUGGCAAAUGUUCGCAUUUAUCAGAAACACAGGAAGUGGGGAAAAAAACUUUGAACUGCACCUGUGACGACGAUUGUCUCAAUGAAGACAAAUGCUGCCUGAUUGGAAAGCAGAAAAGAUGUAUAAAGCCUCCGCAGUUGAAAAAAGGUGCUAACUCGACACUCUCGUCAACGAAGCACCCAGGCUCUGGACUCCUGAACCUCAGCGGAUGGAAGUUAUUCUACUCAGGCGCCGAUAUCACGACUGGGGCUCAGGCCGGUGUCGCGGAAGGGUGGCUACAUCAGGCUAAAGCGUUGACCUUGGUACAGUUCUAUGCGUCUAAUUUGAAGGGAGAAUAUGAGAUCUUCGUUAAGCGCAAUUUACUGUCCGAAGUGGCGAAUACGGAGUCCCUCAUACUCAUGGGCGAUUUUGAUGCGCAUGUUGGAGCAGACUCUGAAACAUGGAAAGUCGAAAUUGGAAAAAACGGUCCUAACGACUUCAACAAUAACGACAUGAAGUUGUUACGAUUUUAUGCAAACAGGUUUUGCCACCCUCAUACGGAGAAAAAGGACUUUCUUCGGCGAUAG